AUGUCAUCACAAUUAAAACAACAUCCAAAGCAACAUGUUGUAUUUACAACUUCAAAUGGAGCACCUGUGGAUAAUGAUAUUAAUAUAUUGACCGCUGGAAAUCCUGGACCUUCAUUGGUACAGGACUUUCAUACAAUGGACAAGUUGGCACAUUUCAAUAGAGAGCGUAUACCUGAACGUGUGGUUCAUGCCAAGGGUGCAGGCGCACAUGGAUACUUUGAAGUGACCAAUGCCGACCUACCCAAAUGGUGUCGUGCCAAGUUGUUCAAUUCAGUUGGUAAGAGAACACCUGUAUUCGCACGAUUCUCAACUGUUGGAGGUGAGAAGGGUUCAGCCGACUCUGCACGUGAUCCCCGUGGAUUUGCCGUCAAGUUCUACACCGAAGAAGGUAACUGGGACAUGGUGGGAAACAACACUCCUAUAUUCUUCAUUCGCGAGCCUCAGAAGUUCCCAGACUUUAUCCACACCCAGAAACGCAACCCUCAAACCAACUUGAAGGACCCUGAUGCAUUCUGGGACUUCAUGGGAUUGACCCCAGAGAGUGUACAUCAGUUCACUAUCUUGUUCUCUGAUCGUGGCACUCCAAAGGACUUUAGACAUAUGGAUGGCUUCUCAUCGCACACUCUCAAGUUUGUGAAUGAUAAGUACGAACCAUACUUUGUCAAGCUUCACUUCAAGACAGAGUCUGGCAUCCAGAAUCAUACCAAUGCCGAAGCCAUAUCACUAGCUGGCACAGACCCCGACGCGGCCACCAAGGAUCUGUUCCAGGCCAUUGAGCGAGGCGACCAUCCAGCAUGGAAGGUGUGCAUCCAACUCAUGAAGUAUGACGAGGCCUUCAAUUAUCGUUUCGAUCCAUUUGAUGUGACCAAGGUAUUGUCGCACAAGGACUACCCCUUGAUUCCUAUCGGCAGGAUGGUGCUUGAUCGCAAUCCAGAGAACUACUUUGCUGAGGUUGAGCAGGCGGCAUUCUCGCCGUCCCAUAUGGUGCCCGGCAUUGAGCCAUCACUCGACAAGAUGUUACAGUGGCGUCUGUUGUCCUACCCUGACGCUCAUCGCUACAGACUUGGCACCAACUAUCAACAGAUACCAAUCAACUGUCCAAUGCAUGUGAACAACUACCAACGCGAUGGACCCAUGUGUGUGGAGGCCAAUGGAGGCAAGUCGACCAAUUACUAUCCCAACUCGGUCAAUGGUACACCUGCAGUGGACCCAAGCGCGCACAUUCACGAGUACAAAGUGAUGGGCGAGGUGGCCAAACAUCAGUACAAGCAUCCAAACAAUGACUAUGUUCAGGCUGGUGACUUGUAUAGAUUGAUGGAUUCCGGAGCCAAGACACGUCUGGUCGAGAACAUCGUUGGACACAUGAGUGGCGUAACCAGAGAUGACAUCAAAAUCAGGGCCAUUCGAUGUUUCUACCUGGCCGACAAGGAAUAUGGCACAAGGAUCUGUGAGGGACUGAAGUUAGAUGUGAACAAAGUUAUCCAAACACUGCCAAAGUGA